UUCCUUUGCUCUCAAACAUUGCGUGCAUAAUUGCUGCAUAAGAGUCUGCUUCACGAGGGCCAAGAAGAUGGGCUCUUUCUCAAUGGAGGACUUUGUUGGAAAUGGAGCCCUAAAGGCAAUUACCUCAAAGCUGAUGGAGGAUGGUUGGGAUGAUGUACCGACUUUGAAGCUCAUGAAUGCAGAAGAUAUGAAUUCCUUAAACAUGACUCAAGAGCAGAAGGAUGCACUUGAAAUCAGAUCGUACCUGCAUGAUCGUGCACUAAUGCAAUAUGCUGAUCACAUGGAGGCCUCUAGGAAAUGCCUUCCUGAGCUUCUAAACUUGAGCAUGGGAGAUCUUUCAACUCAUUUUGGAAUGAAAAGAGGUCACGUUGUUCGUUUUAUGGACAGAAUGACUCCACGUGCCGUAGAUCCUUUGUCAGCAUCAGCGUAUCUCACACCAAGGAAACUUACCUCUGAGCCUCUCAGAAAUAACAGUAUUUACAAGACACGGCCUUCGUCCAUCAACUCAAGAGGAGGUCCAAGCAUGACAAGAUCAAGUGUAAAACCCAGUGUAGCUUAUGAUAUUUCUAUUGAGCAGUCCAUGGCAGAUUUUAAGAUCAAAGAUGGACAUGUUUUUAAAGGUAUUGUAGCUUCACUGCCUGCUGAACCAAGAGCAUGUGGAUGUGUACAGCCUCCACCUGUUGUUGACAAUGUUGCUCCACUAUCAGCAAUUGAGAAUGUUUCAGUUCAGAAACUUACCCCAGAAUAUAAGGUUGGAAUGGAGCGUCUGGUGAAAAGCAAGACACCUCCCAUGAAGGCUUCAGAACUCUGGCGUGAUAAACCAGCAAUUCUCCUCUGCCUCCGGCGCCCAGGGUGCAUCAUGUGCAGAGCUGAAGCUCAUCAACUUUAUUCUAGAAAACCCAUCUUUGAUGCAAUCGGGGUUCAGUUGUUUGCAGUUAUUCACGAGCACAUAGAACCAGAGGUAAAAGACUUCUGGCCCCGUUAUUGGGGUGGUGGUGUGGUCUAUGAUAGAGGAAUGGCAUUCUUUAAAGCACUGGGCGGAGGAAAGCUUCUAAAAGAUAAAUUUAUAUCAGGGUUCCUCUUAAAUCCUCAAGCUAUUGCAAAUUAUAAGAAAGCCAAGGCUACAGGGUUGGAGCAUAACUUCAAGGGGGAAGGUGAGAUAAAAGGUGGCCUCUUCAUAGUUGGCAGAGGAAAGACUGGCAUUGCUUAUCAGUUCAUUGAGAGAAACUUCGGAGACUGGGCACCACUACCUGAAGUCCUUGAUAUCUGCAACCAAUUGCAGGUAUUUAUUUUAGGCUUCCUUAAACUUGUGCUUUUCUACUGUGAAAUUCUCAUCCUAAAGAGCUCUUCUUUACACAUGCAGAAUCAGCAAAAUCAAUCGGAGUCUGUCAAAUUAUCACAAAAGGACUAAAUUAGUAUAUUACAAAAUCUGUAAACAGGUGUAAUUUGUGCAUUUCUACUGUCAUAUUCUAGUUCUGGAUAUUGUUUCUCAGCUAUUUAAUUCACAACAUCAUGAACAUUCUUUCCUUGCGCAAGAAUUUAUUGCAUCAUCUUUACCCCCAUUCGAAUACUAACUCUUUUUCCAAAAGUAAAAAAUUCGAACAGACAAGACAAUUCAUGCAACAAAACUAACCACAUUGAGUAGUGUACUAACAAACAAGAGUGUGAAGUUUCCUUGCUUUUUUACUGUAACUAGGAAGGCAAAAUAAAACUUGUAAACAAUUGCUGUCAUCUUUUGAUCCAUUAAUACUGGAAAAUGAUCUUCCACUGGAUGAUCCAUCUGGAAAAGAAGUACAUUCUUUCAUGAUCCAGUGAAAACUUCAGCUGAAGCUGGAUAUAUCUCUCACCAUCUAUAGCAAAGAAUGUCUUUUCCAUUCCAAAGCAAUAGAUGAUCUAUCCCAAUGUCAAAGAAGCAGAAACAGAAAAGAAAAAAUGAGACAUCUGAAGCAUGUUAGGGAUUUAAAAUCAUUAUGAAUCAGAUGCUGUUUCUGCAAUAUAAACAUCGAAAUUGUCAACAAUCCAGUUGUAAUGUCACCUGAUGUGCAUUUUCUUA